AUGGCGAAGCGCCGGAGGAGCUGUACGCUCAGAUGGGCAAAGCUCCUCCCUUGCAUCGUGUUCGCCUUUGUGCUCACCCAUUGGUUGUUCCAAACACGACAUCCGAAGUCGCAUGCCCAGCAUGUCUCCGCCCUGGCUCUUGAGGGACACACAUACACUUCCGAUGGCCUGCUGAUCGUUAAUCCCAACGGACCUCACCCUAUCUUCGAGCUUAUGCGGGAUGCGGAAGUUGAGUGGAGGAGAAAACUUGCGCGUGCAAGCAAGACGCUAGCGGAAGCUGUCGCGGAAUACAGACGCCGAUACGGCCGGGCGCCACCGCUGGGAUUUGACAAGUGGUGGGACUUCAGUCAUGAGUAUGAUGAGAUAUACAAUGAUAUCGAGCCGUAUUGGGGAUUGGACCCAGCGGAUGUUGCCAAGUCAAUAGAAGAAGCAGAGAUGCGUGAUUCCAUGUUUACACUUGCGAAAACAUCGUCGAACCAUGGGUUGGAGAUCGUUUACUCGACAUUCGCUGGAACCGACGACUCGUUUCGUGAGCGUACCACAGCCAUCAUUGAUUUAACGCGGGAGUUUGGUAGCGACCUUCCACCUAUGCGUAUUCCAUUUUAUCCUCACGACACUCCCACUAUGCAUACGGAUUGGAGAAUCAAACAGAUGGCCCUAGACGCCGCUAAGAGAGGAACAACGGUCAGGCAGUCUCAAUUGCCACCCAUCAUAGAACGAGGCUGGAAAGAAGGCUGUCCACCUGAUUCACCAGCAUGGUUGAACCCUCCAAGUCUCCCAUCUCACGAUCCGUCCAGUCCUGUGAUAUCGGAAUCCCCGAAAACACUUGUUGCGACCCACCAGCUAGCUAUGGACCCAUGCCAACAUCCCAGUCUGUUAGUCACCCACGGGCAAUUUCUCGCUCACGACCGGGGCCCCUAUCCACAACACACCCUCGUCCCCUGUUUCUCCCAUAGUGCGACACUCCUCCAUCACGAUAUUCGACCCCCGAUACCCUACGACUGGACGUCAGGUGAAGAUGCAGAAGCUGCUGGGGACGUGCCGUGGCCCCAGAAAGUCGACGAACGUCUUGAUUGGAGGGGUAGGACGACGGGUAUAUAUGCGUCGCCGACUUCACUUUGGGUGCAUGCUCACCGACAGCGGUUAGUUGCCCUAACGAAUAUGGUGGAGGGCAAUGUUAGCAUUUUGGAUGUUCCCAUGGAUGCAUCGGUCCCUGUGGGAGAACCAGUGCAGACGCCGGUGGCCCGAGUGAAUCCGGCGUGGAUGGAUGUGGCAUAUGUGGACAAACCGCUUUCAUGUGAGGAACGUGCCGGGACGUGUCAGAUGUUUGAGAAGAUGUUCGAGUUUCGGAGAGUGCAAAGCAGAAAGGAGGAGGGUCGAUACAAAUUCAUAAUCGAUGUAGAUGGGAAUGGGUGGUCUGGGCGUUUCAAGAGACUCAUAACAAGCAACGCGCUCAUUUUCAAGGCAACUAUAUAUCCGGAAUGGUACACAUCGCGCAUUGCGGAGUGGGUGCACUAUGUUCCGAUCCAAGCUACGUACUCCGACUUGUACGACGCCGUAGCCUUCUUUCGCAUCCAUGACGACGCUGCCGCCAAGAUCGCCGCAGCGGGUAAGGAUUGGAGUCGACAAUUCUGGCGGAAAGAAGAUAUGAGCGCAUAUCUUUACAGAUUGCUCCUUGAGUAUGCUCGCGUGACGAGUCCUGACCGCGAAUCGAUGUCACAUCAAUACGGUUGA